AUGGGCAUUUCGCUAACUCAGUUACGACAGUUUGUGGGCGGCAUACACUCCGAUACAGCUCGCGCAGUCACCUUUCAAAUGGGAGAUGUUCAGUCCCCCGGCAACGUAACUGAGUAUCCUACCGUGGACUCUCAUCAAGGCUUGAAUGCUGCAAGUGUUUCGCCGAUUUACCUCGACGAGAAAUCGAGAAUGGAGGCUCAAGGUAUCCCCCACCCGCAGCAUCAGCAGUACGGACCCCCGCAACAUGCUUUCUCCUCUCAACUCGACAUGGCUCAGCAACCGGCAGCCGGCCGCCCCGGGGCCUUCAACAUGAGCAACAUAGCGAACACGUUGCCGCAGUCCAACAUGAGGCCUGUGCAUUACGGGCCUGGUGGCCAACCGCAACAUCAACAGCAGCGAUUCAGCCCCGCUACGUCCUCGCCUUCGAUGAUGCCGCAGAUGCCGCAGAUGCCGCACAUGGCUCCUCAGUAUCCUGGUCAAGCCGCGAUGCCUAUGGGAAACCCGCAGUACUAUAUGCCGCAACACCACCAGAUGCAGCACUAUUAUACCAACCAGCUCUCUCCGACUCAGCAGCAGGCUCGCCCAAACAUGGGAUACUACCCGAACCAGAUGGUUAUGAAUCACCCGCAGCAUAACCACAUACCCCAAGGAUAUUACUAUCCUCCGGCUGGCCACUAUGCCCAGAACCAGUCUUUGCAAAACCCAAUGGUUUCGGCGCAGUAUUUUGGUACGAACGCUGAGCACAGCGACCCCAGAGUUAUUCCUCAGAUGCCGAACGGAAUCGACCACAGCGGUAUAAACGCUCCUUCGAGUCACAGAUCCAGUGGUAAUGCGCCCACAGUGUCAACGCGUCGUAGAAGCAUCGCUGAUGGGGUUACAGAGAUGGGUGAUGGACGAUCUGGGAUCGUACGCGGUCCACCGCGGAAACCGCGCCAGAGUGGUCAUGCGAUCUGGGUUGGAAAUCUCCCGCCUCAAACCGACCUCAUGAACCUCGUCCACCACGUGUGCAAAGAAGCGAACGGCCUCGAGUCCCUAUUCUUGAUUUCGAAGAGUAAUUGUGCAUUCGCCAACUUCAAGGACGAACAAACAUGCGUAACAGCUCAACAAAAACUCCAUGACUCCAAGUUCCAGUCCGUUCGAUUGGUCAGUCGCUUGCGCAAGAGCACUGUUGAAGGUGCAACGGGUGUUACGGCACCUACCGGUCCGGCGGCCUCAUCUGGAUCGCAAACACCCCACGAUGUUGCUGCACCAUCCAGCGCUUCUGAAGGCCCGACUGAAGUUGCAGCAGCAGAGUCUGAUGAAGCCAAGCCCGUCCUCGCAGUAGAACCAACGUCACAGAAGGAUAAGUUUUUUAUCCUCAAGAGUUUGACUGUGGAGGAUCUCGAGCUCAGUGUCAGGACAGGCAUCUGGGCAACUCAGUCUCACAACGAGGACACACUGAAUGCUGCUUUCAACGCCGUUGACAACGUCUACCUGGUGUUUUCCGCGAACAAAUCAGGCGAGUACUUCGGAUACGCAAGAAUGACAUCUAAGAUCAACGAAGACCCCGACGCCGCGAUCGAGUUUGCCCCCAAAGCACAGUCCGCGAACGACGUCGAUUUGCCAAAGGCGAUCCCUACCGAACCCACCGAGUACGCGCCAAAGGGCAGGAUCAUUGACGACUCGGCCCGGGGCACCAUUUUCUGGGAAGCAGAGCUUGAGGACGGAGAAAGUGCUGACGAGGAAGAAGAGAAUGAGGUGGAGCAAAGCGACGCGAGUAGUCGAAAGAGCGGGAAUCAAGAAGCUGAUGGUAAUACCAAGGCUUGGGGCAAGCCCUUCAAAUUGGAAUGGCUAUCAACGGCACGACUGCCAUUCUACCGCACCAGGGGUCUUCGCAACCCGUGGAACUCGAAUCGAGAGGUCAAGAUCGCAAGAGACGGCACCGAGCUGGAACCAUCGGUCGGAAGGAGGCUGAUUGGGCUCUUCAAUAGGGUCCAGAGCCCUGGCCCAGGAUCUGUGCCGGCUAUGCGACCCGGAAUGGCAAUGAUCGCAGGAUAUCCGCCCAUGAGGCCACAGUAUCAACAAUAA